AUGCCGGGGCUCCGCGCCUCACCGCCCGCCUUCCUCCUGCUGCUCGUGCUCGUCUUUCCCCGUGGCAGCCCCGCGGCUCCGGGCGCCGGGCAGGAGCUGGAGCCCGGCAGCCGCUCGGCCGUGGCGGCGGCGCGGGUGGCCCUGCACUACGGCAACUUCCAGGCGAGAUCCCUCGGCGGGCUCAGGGCGCUCGGGCAGGUCCGCAAGGCUACGCUGAAGAACAUCCCAGAGUCUGGCCACAAGUAUUACCUGCAGUUCAGCACUGAGGACUACAGGACUGGGGAAGAUGCUGGGAACUGCCUGGCUACAGUGCUGUAUCCAAAGAAAAAGUCUCCUCCUGUUGUCAGCAUCAAGUGCUCCCACACCAAAGACAAGAAGGAAAUCCAGGAAGAGGACAACAGAUUUUACCAAAGGAUCAGGCACCAAAGCAAACCAAUAACUGGAAACAACAUUCCAGACAGCUAUGGCAACAUUGAGCCUGCCCUGGAGCCCGUGUGGGCUCUGGCUGUGGCUGGCAGCAGCUCCAUCAUGUGGGAAAAGUCCACCGAGACCUUGGGAUACUUCCUGGCCCAAGUGAAAUCCGUGAGGCAGUGGGUCAGGAAAGAUGAUUUUACCGAGUUUGACUACACUGUGCUACUGCACGAAAUCCCGACCCAGGAAAUCAUUUCCUGUCACAUGCGCCUGACGUGGCUCCCCGGGCACCCGCUGAAGGUGAAACAUUUCUGUGCUUCCAACGCGGACGAGGGCUCUGGGGCAGAAUCUGGAUCGGCCGCUGGGCCUUCAGCUGAAAAGGGAGCAAAGUUCUGAGGGAAAUCCUCCCUCCUGUGGAUACGGAUCCAAUCAGCAAACGCUCGUGUUGGCACACCUGGAGCUGGGAUCAUCCUUCCACGCAAGGCAGUGCACGGGAGUGGUCUCACCCACCUCUUCUGUGCCGGAAUUAAUUCCUGUCACUUCUGCACCUGCGAGAUUCGAGUCCUGCAGCUCUGCCUGAACCCUCUGCUACUCCAUAUAUACACAGAUGAACCUACAGCAGUUGAUUUGAUGUCACUAAUUAACUGUUACCUAAGAGCUGUUUAUAAACAAAAAUUAAUAUAUUUGGACACAGAUCGCGAGCAAAGUGUUAAUCUGUCACUAAGAGAGAUUUGCCUGUUAAGAUUUUGUCACGUUUUGGGCUAGAAUCAUGCUGAUUUUUAACUCACAUCUCCAAUAAACCAAAUGCCAUCA